UAGCAGUCACGUGACUAGAUUGGCUUCUGGUUGAUCUAUUGCACUGGCACAAACAUGUAUGCUCAAACAAUGUGAGCAUUUCAUACCAAAGUUCGGUUCUUCGAUACUUGCAAUAUCUCUCCACCCGUAUCUCAAUGCCAAGAAAAGAAUGUGUGGAUGUGAAAUCUCUUGUUAUCAAACCAUCCGCGUGACGUGCCUCCAAUAGCUGCCGUGCCAGCGGGAAUCUCAACCAUCUUCAAACAUGGUCGACAGCAGUAUCAUCGUCAUCAUCAUCGCCGGCGUCAUUCUUCUCUGUGUCUUCGGUCUCUGUUUGAAACAGUGCAGAACAGCGUAUCUCAGAGAUGUGCAGCAGAAGAAGAGGCAGAAGCUGCGAGCAGCGCAGCGUGCGGGCAGGAUGCAGCAGCAGCACCGGAAACUGAUGGAUGCCAUAUCAGACGUCUCCAGCCAGCCGUCCAGCAUCCACGCCGAGCAUACGGUCUCGUUACAGAGCAGCACUGUGGCGGUGAACGUGAACAACAACGAUCACAACAGAAACGUAUCAGAGAAACGUGAAAAGUUUGGAGGGCCGAGCAAGUUCCAGUCCGAGAUCUACCACCGCAGCUACGACUACCCGCGACUGCAGCUGAAAUCUCUGAAGGUUAACCUUCACAAAAUCUCCGAGGAGAAUCUCAGCGAUGGCGCCACCGGCGCCAAGAAGACGUUGCCCGGCUCCGUCGCCAUGGCAACGGAUCUGUGGCGAUCGGCGUCGGAUGCCGACGUUCCCCGCCUCUGCGCGCGCAGUGCCGACGUCGAGGAGCGGACUGGCAGCAUCCCUGACGUCACGUCGUCGGUGCUAGCCGGCCAGAUAGCCGCCAGGAUGGAGGAGAUACGCGCCGGCAAGCGUCCCGCAAAGUAUCUCGACCAGGGGCGCCAUCCGCAGCUGCCCAAGCACAGUCCCCUUGUGAAGAAGGUCGUCGCCGUGCACGGCCGCAGAGACGAUAGCAGACGCGGUGACCACCGCGAGCCGAUGCACAUUUAGUGGCGUCUCGUUGCGUCACCAAAUGGCCGGUUGGUGGCGCCACUUGUAUCAAUGAAUGAUCGUUGAGGGCAUCAAAGAGCAUUCGUAGAUCUACCAUAGAUAUGGAAUAGAAGAAUAGAAUGUACUCUAUAUCUAUGGAUCUGCUGAUCGUGUAGUGGCGUCCUCUUCAUCUAUUUAUAGUGUAUAGCACCCUCUCGAUCUACUGAUGUUUAAUCAUGUGACAAUUUGGCUAGAAUCUUCCGUGCCUAAUUUGUGAUUUUUUACACUUCAUAACGAGUAAUUUAUAAAUCGGGGAAAGUAUACUACUAUGUAACUGGAAGUUAAUAAACAGAUUAUAGUGUCUCAAUA